GACAGCCGGGAUCGUUACAGAGAGAGGGUGGAGCUCUUCGUUCUGGUUCCGCUCCUCGUUCUAGUAUCUCUUCCCUUAACACGUAUGGACCCAGAACUUGAUCGAGCAGCUGACCAAUUACGUGAGACUUUAGUUCUGGGUUAACCAAGAUUGAGCUUUUCCUAUUUCACCAAUUUUACCUACUGAUUGAGGUGGUGUAGAUGGUAGUCAACUUUUUCCGAAAGCAAUAGACAUACUGCAGUGAAUUUGGGAGGUAACCAGGGUUGAAAAGCCCUUACAAACAUUUAUUCUCCAUCUGACAAUAAUUAAUAGGUUGGCUUCCACAUGACUUACAGUAAGCCAUUUCCAGUUAUCCUGGCUAAUCUACUUCAAGUCGAUUUGUAAUAAUAAAACACCUGUAUUUGAUUGGUCGUGACUCGUAUCAUUAUUUGGGAAUAUUCAACUGGAGCCUGAUUGUGUUUGUUUAAACAACUGAUCCCGUAUCUCAGUAACGGGAGUUGCAACACAUUUCUCUCCAUGCUGACUUGUGCUGUUAACCAAUAAACCUGUCAGAUGGGUGAUAAAUAGUUGUGUAAUACUAUCAUAACAAGCUAAUCCCCAGUGAAAGUCCCUAAGGCCCAGUGAAAGUUGUUUGGACAUCGCGUUAUCCUACUUACUGUAACGUCAGACUCCACCAAGCCUCUGUUCAGGCUUGCGCUCAGCUUUGAAGCGUUAAAAGAAUGGGUGAGAAGUGCUUCAUAGUUGAUAUGUGAUGUCCUGAUUUCCACGCAUAUCAAAUCUCUGUUUACCCUUUCUCUUUCACUCUUCACUCCUCGCUCCCUGCCUCCUUCCUUCAUUCUGUCCCUCCUUCCUUCGUUCCCCCAACUCUCUCUCCCUCCCUCCUUCCCAUUCUCCAUCCCUCCUUCCCUCCCUCCCGCCUAACUCCCUCCAGCGACCAUUAUACUGUAGAAGUGCCAUUACCGCGGCUGGCCUUCCAGAUGUUACCCCAUGAGAUUAAGGAGGGCAAGGCGUUGCAGGUGUACCCGGUGCUCUUCAACGUGGGAAUCAACGAACAGCAGACAAUAGCAGACAGAUUCGGAGACAUCUCUUUGCAAGAGAGGAUAAACCAGAGGAACUUUGAGAUUUUAGACAGUUAUUACAAAUUGUUAAGCGAUAAGGUGCCAACAGAAUGUCUGCCAUUUUUUGAAACGCAGACGGACUUGAAAGAUUUGCUUGGAACCCUUGGCCAGAAUGUAGUGACAAAGAAGAGAAAGAAUGUGGAGAUACUGUGGCUCGCUGGAACGAUCUGCCGACGGCUGAACGGGAUCAGGUUCACCAGCUGUAAAAGUGCCAAAGACAGGACGUCGAUGUCUGUAACCCUGGAGCAGUGUGCCCUGCUGAGAGACGAGCACCAGCUCAACAAGGAUUACUUCAUACGAGCCCUGGACUGCAUGCGGAGUGUCAAGAUGGUUCGGACCGAGUGACACUGGAACAUAGCUGUGUCCUUGACCCGUCUAUGCAUAGUUGGACCCAUAACUAUCAAUCUUCAGUAAAUACGUUUUAGGACUGAGCAGCUGUAAGUAUGAUGGAUCAUUCUUUCAACAUAGUUUUGUCAGAAUAGCCUGUAUACUGUGUGAUCACCACAUAAUGUAAACGGUCAGUUGAAUGUGGCUAGUUAGUGAUCUUCCCAUGAGUAAAAAAGGGUGAUUCAAAUACUUUUGCCUGCAGAAAUGCUUUCACACCAACUGUCUGCAACUGCAUACACUGUGUGUUCACACGUGAAAUGUACCAAGAACAAAAAAGAUACAGCUCAGAUGAUCACUAACGCAGAGUCUGAGAGAACUAAGUCAUUUCUAAAACACUGUUAGAUAAAACUGGUUUAUGUUUUGAGAAAAAGGAAAGUUAAAGGAGUGCUUUGAUAAUAUUGAGGGUUGUUAUGAGGCUGGUAGAUCCGGUUAUGGUUAGACAGUGUUGUGGCUUUGGAGUGGUCCAAGAAUAAACCGGCUCUACAACAACCCUACGGCUAUAAAAUGUCAUCAUCAUUAGAGACUAUGAGCCUACUACUAAUCUAAAACGUCAGAGUUACUAUAACCAAGUAUUGUCCAAUUCUAUUAUAAUCCCCCUUUUACGUAGGAUGCGUACUGCAGCAGUGACUCUUGAAAACUUGAUAAGUUGCGACAACCAGUGUUAACUAGUAGCUAGUUAACUAGUACCAAUCCCGAGUUGACAUGCUCCUCUGUGUUGGAGAAAUUCUCUUUACCCGUCCGUCCGUGCCUGCGCAUGUGCACUGGCCUUUUAACUAUCCCAAAGCCUAGGACCAAGAGACAGCCUUUAGUUACCAUUUCCCCAGCCUCUAGAAUAGCCUGCCAGAGAACCUGAGGGGGGCCGAAACUGGGGACAUAUUCAAAAGAGAUCUUAAAACACACCUGUUUAAUUCUGCUUUUCCUCAGGGUACUUUUUAGUCUUUUAGUUUUUUAUCCUCUUAUGUUUGUUGUGUAGUAAAUAUUUCCGUUGUUAAUGUUUUAUCCCGUAAAGCGUGUUUCGUUGCAUCCAUGUCUGAAAUGUGCUACAUAAAUAAAGCUUGAUUUGCUGGUGGUAUGUGGCCCAUAGGGGCCUCUACUUAACUAACCCACGGGUUCUUUUCUCUGACUGACAGUGUACUGCCUAACAGUCUCUGUGGCUUAGAACAAACCAAAUGUGGGUUGAUGGGAAUAGACGGCAAGCUAUUUUGAUAUUGUUUGAUGACCCCUAUAGCUUUUGCCACCGUCACGCAUCAAGGUUCAGUGUAAAUUAAUUAAAUCCAUUGACUGCUUCCGCAUAGAACAUUUUUGUUGCCAUAAGAAGGAUGUCUCUGUGGGAAGCUCCCUUAGUUAUGAAUGGGCCUUGUUUCAUCUUGGUAUGAUUAUAGUGACGGAAGUACCAGCUUACUUUGGCACCAUAACUAAACAAGCUAGUUCCAUACUUCACGUUCUGUACAUUAUGCACUGUUUGCUUUGUGUCAGAUCUGUUGUCUCCUCCUUUAAACGUUGAUCUUGCGAUGGUUUAAUUGUUCGUAAGGAAAGAAUACUCUCCCAUUAUUGGUAUGUAACUCUUUGGAACAGGACAGUUGACUUCCUUAGAUAAGAGCUGAAUGAAUCGCAUGUUGUGUGGCAACCAACGCUUUGUAUUGACUACAGGCCUCUAGAUUUACAGUUUAAUAGAGACCAUGUAAACCAGGGGUCCCCAAACUUUUUCCUGUGAGGGCCACAUAACUUUUCCCUUCUCUGAUGGGGGGCCGGUGUCAGUUUGUAACAGAAAAAGUGUGACGAUCGUAGGGGAGCUUAAAAAAUUUAUUGUUUUCCAGAAAGCCACACAUAACCAAAUAACCCUU